AUGGAGACCAAUUACAUGGCGACAACGCGAUCAGCCUCGCCAUCGACCUUUACCCUUUCCAGGGGCCGCAACAACCGGCUGUCGCUGCUCAGCAGCAGCAGCAGCAGCGCCGCUGGCCGGUCGGCGGAUGCACGCAGCCUUACCAGGUCGCCGCCACCGUCUUACGAUGGCCUCACCGGUCUGCCGGUUGCCUCUAUCCCUGGUGUCGGCAGCGGCGGUGAUACGGCACAUGAUGGUGGUGAUGACGGCAACGAUGUGUCUGCCACCCUGGACGCUCAUCUGCCAUUGAGCGUGUCGGACAAGGGCUGGUCGGAGGUCGAGUCCGUGUCGAAGCAGUUCCUGGCCGAGAACCUUCCGGGCUGGAUAGCCUCGAUGCAGGCAGAAUCCAGAGGAGCAGACGGCGGGCCGAAGUCGCCAGCCACCACCGCCGCCGCCGCCGACCAGCAACACAAACAGCUCUCGCAGAUGAUCAAGGCCGGCGUCCGCAAGGGCCGCAAGGGACUCGUGCUGCGCCUGCUCAGGCGCACGGCGGACGCGAACGAGAUGGUCGACCUGCGCUUGGACAAUGCCGCCCUCAAUGCUGGUCAGCAGGGCAUCAAGCGCAAUCUUCCUGCCCAUCUUGCAUGGAAGCAAGGACAGCAACAGGCUGCUGGACGACCGGAAUCGCUGCCCGUGCAGGAACUCGAGGCCAAGUCGCCGGCGAUGGUCGUCCGGCAGGUGCCAGGCCUCCAUGAGGCGCCGGCGGCGCCGCCCGUCUUUGAGUUGCCGACUACCCCUGCCACCCCACGUGCGCCUCGUCCGGCCGUUGUGGUGCCGCCGCCGCCGCCGUUGCAGCAGGCUCCCGAUGCUGACGGGGAUCCAGAUCAGGCUGAGGAGAAGGGUGAUGACGACGUCUCUCUGGCGACGUCGCCCACGGAGAGCCUUCUUCGUACGCUUUCCUUUGGACCGGACGAGGCAUCGGCCUGGUCGGAGCCAGUCAUGGACCACAGCGACUCGGACCAUUCGUCGCCGUCGAGCAUAGUGCCUACUCCGACGAAGGGGCUUUCCGUCAGGCACGCAAUACACAAAGUGAUCAAGCCACCACAGCCCUUUGGAGCGCCUGAGACCGGGGCUUCUGACCGCGCGAGGAUGUUACCGCUUGACAUGGAGAGCCUGAACCGGCGUCUCGCGGAGAGCUCUACGAAGUCUUUGGAGGAAGAUGGCCCCGAGGAUGAACAUGGGUUGCGCAGGGACUUGGAUAAGGCAGUGCCAGCAGCGUCUCAUGAAACUCGAGAUGCGGCGAGCGGCAGCGAGCCGGUCCAGCACGAACCGAAGCAAUUGGCCAGCCACCGAUCGGAUCACGUAACGGCGGGAGGCCCCGCCAACGGCGCGAAGAUGGCAACGGACAAUGUUGUCGCGGCCGAUGCGGACGAUCCGGCGAUCGAGGCGGCAACGAGCCGAGACAGCCCAGGGACGCACGAUUUGCAGAUCCCUGAAGCACCCGCAGAACUCGUGAUAUCUACCGACUGCGGCCCCAGACCCGGACGCACCUAUGGAAACGUACCGAUCCGGUCAGGCACCCCACAAGGCCCCCUUGCCGUCCAGAGUCGGGCAUCGAUGCUGCAAGACAGCGUGGGCAGCCAGCGGACUCCUCAUGUAGAGCAGCGCGACAGUCACAUCUCCACUACGCCAUCGCACGUGUACGGGCUCAGGGACGAUGCGAGCCAGGGUACGCGGUUGGACGGAUCUGUCACACUGCCGACCCUAGUCGUAGGCGAACCCGACAGCCCGGGCGGCAGCUUGUGGUUGCCUUCGAACAUCGAAAUCAGGCCAUUGCCAGAAAAACGAAGCCCGACGUAUCGCUUCCUGUCCCACGCAGCCAAGGCCGCGUUGACGCAGCUGGGACGCGUGGCGGUGGGUUUGUACGACGCAUACGGGCCUGAGAAGCCAGUCCCCAAGGAUCACGUCCGCGUCCGCUGGACCUGCACGUGCGGGCAAGAGCUCCACGAUGACUUCAUCGAGCGCCGCCGCGGCGCCGCCCGCGAACUCGAAGCCUACCUCAACCGCCCACGCGCCCACGCGUCCCCCUCGCCCGACAGCACAAACAGCAGCUUCUCCUCCGCCAGCCAGAUAUUCAGCCUCUCCUCCUCCCUCAACCCCUCCCCCGUCACGACAUGGGGCUCCUCCUCCUUCAACAGCGGCAUCGGUGGCGGCGGCGGCGACUCCUCCCCCACCGCCCUCCGCAGCAACAACCCCUUCUCCGUCCGCAUCGGCACGCUCCCCCCGCCGCGCUGGCUGCUCACCUGCGCCGACGAAGGCCAGCUGGUGACGAAGCUCUCGCACGUCGACGUGACCGAAACCAAGAUCCGGUCCGACCGCGACCUGGCCAUGGCGGUGCGCGCGCUGCACGCCCACGUCAACCGCCGCCGGCGCCUGCUCGCGCGCCUGCUGCGCGGACUCUGCCGCAUCGACUUCGUGCAGUUCGAGGUGCACCGAAACCGCGUCGUCGACAUCAGGAAGUGCCCGGACAUGCCGCCUGUGUCGAGCAACACCAAGCAGAAUCACAGCUCGUCGUCACAUCGGGAGUAUGACUUUGAGCCGCAUGAGCUGGUGCCGCCGGUCGGCUCGCAGUACUUGAUGCAUCUGUUUCGGCAUCCGGAGGAUUAUGACAACGAGUUUAUUACGUAUGCGCGCGCGCCGAAGAGGAGGGGCGCGCGGCUGGAUGUCGGCGUCGGGUGGGGGAUCAAUCUCGUCGAGGGCUUUUUGGCUGACCGCGUGUGGCUGCUCGUCAUGGUCAUGUUCGUGCUGGGCAGCGCCGUGUUUGCGGUCGUGUGGGCGUGCAAGAGGGGGGAGGAUGUGCAGGGCGCGUUUGGCGUGGCCGGCUGGAUGUUGACGUUGGCGACGUUGGUCGUGGGCUGGGCGCAGGCGUCGUUGGGGUGA